AUGGCGUCUUCACUGAACUCACCAUGUCCCGAAUACACUUUGUUGACACCUCUGAGUUUUCAGACAGAUAUAUUAUCUGCAAUGGACGACACCGAUGAUAUAAGUAUAGAGGGUUUACGUCAUUUUUCCAUGUUUGAUCUGUUGACUCCUGCCAACACUGAAGCCACACCACCUUUGAUUAGGCGUGAAAUUGAUAAUGAUAUAAACAAAGUGUUAGAGCAACAUCAGCUGAAACCGAUAAGUCCUAACGUUCCUAAGAAGCCUGACCCCUUCUCCCCUACUUGUAAAAUCCCACUUCCAAAUCCUUACUCAAGUUACGAAUAUUGGCUGGAACCAUCUUUCAUAUGUCGAAGAAAUGAAAGAGAGCGACUACGUGUUCGAAACGUUAAUGACGGUUUUGAACGUCUCAGAAACCAUUUGCCAUUGCCAGAUAAAGAGCGUGAUCGCAGAUUAAGUAAAGUUGAAACGUUACGCAUGGCGAUUAAUUAUAUUCGAGACCUGGAAGACACGCUGAAAGAAACGGGAGAAAACCACAACCCUGUAAUGGAGGGAUCUUCACAGAAAAUUGCAUAA